AUGCCAGCCAGCUCCAGGACAGACCUGCUGCCGGCCAAGGCUGAGCCCAUCAGAGAUGGUGGUGACACCUCUGGGAUAACAUAUUUAAGAAGGGACAAAAACCUGCACAAUGGCACUGCAGCCAAAGAAGGGUUGAGAACAUGUGAGAGGAACAACUCUGCAGACCUCCUGGUCAGCAGAAGGAGGGACUUGAUUCGGGCAGUGUUCUCGUUAUCACCACGAUUUAGAGAGAGCUGUCGCUACCCGGCCGCUCCUUUGUGUCGCUUCUGCUCCGUGGAUACCGCCGGGGGAAGACGAGGAGGAGGAGAAGGAGGCGGAGGAGAAAGAGGAGAAGAAAGCGGAGGAGGAGGCGCUGAUGGCAGCAGGGUCCUGUGGCAGCAGCCAAACCGAAGGCACGGUGCGUCGGUCGGUCGGGGUUUGGCGGCUUCUGCUCGUGGCUCCUUGUUUUUCUGUUUGGCUGUUUCGUUCGUGUUUUGGAAGGACAGCAGAAGGUCCGGGUGGAGGAAAGGGAUUAACCCACCCUGUGAACAUGCUGACCUGAAGAGGAAUCCUGCAGGCACGCAGCCUGUGGAACCACUCAGCCUCCCCUUGCCCAGCCAGGAGCAUCCUAUCCAAGAUGGGGCCCCGCUGCCCAGCGCCAUGAGGACAAGCCGCUGCAGUCACCUGCCAGGAGUGCCACCGGAGCACCCACCGGCUCCUGAGGGCAAGGCCCUGCCUGGUGGCAGCGGCCCCCCAGCCAGCAGCUGCCCUCAGUAUGUCAUGCAAGUGUCAUCCAAAGACGGGCAGCUGCUCUCCUCUGUUGUGAGGACGCUUGUGACACAGAGCAGCCCCUUCAAUGACCGGCCAAUCUGCAGGAUUUGCCACGAGGGCAGCAGCCAUGAGGACCUGCUGUCCCCCUGCGAAUGUACAGGGACCCUGGGGACCAUUCACCGCAGCUGCCUGGAGCACUGGCUGUCCUUUUCAAACACCAGCUACUGUGAACUCUGUCACUUCAGGUUUGCAGUGGAGCGCAAACCCAGGCCACUGUUGGAGUGGCUGAGGAACCCAGGCCCCCAGCACGAGAGGAGGACUCUCUUUGGAGACAUGGUGUGCUUCUUGUUUAUCACCCCCCUGGCGACCAUCUCUGGCUGGUUGUGUCUGCGAGGAGCAGUGGACCAUCUGCACUUUAGUAGUAGGCUAGAAGCUGUUGGACUCAUUGCACUCACUGUGGCACUCUUCACUAUUUACCUCUUUUGGACCCUAGUGUCCUUCAGGUAUCACUGCAGGCUCUACAAUGAAUGGCGUCAAACCAAUCAAAGGGUAAUUCUGCUCACCCCAAAGUCUGCUCACAUCCCCCACAACCAGCAGUCCCUGCUGGGCCUACAGUCCCUCAAAAGGAACUCAAAAGAGACAAUCGUUUGAUUUGGCCAGGUCUGCAGAGGGGCCAAGCACUAAGAAUAUUUUCCUUAAACUCAGACACUGCCCAGAGCCACUGCCUAGGAGUGUGUUAUUCCCAUUAAGAAACUCUUUGCAGAGAAUUGAACCACUGUUUCAAUCCAAAUCAUGGAUGCUGCAUUUGUAUGCUAUUUGCCAAGCUGCCAAACUUGUUUAUUUAGCAGGUAGGGUAUGGAUUCUACAGACUUGUGUUAAGUCUUGCAGCAUCGAGCGAUGCAAACUUUUUUUUAUUGUUUAAAGUAUUAAACUGUGGUAAUCAACAAUGCAAACCAGGUUUUAAAAGUGCUUUGUUUUUAUAAUUUCAUGUUCCUGCAGUAUUAUUUCUUUAGGCAGCUAGACAGUAACCAGUAUUGCAUUCUCUUUCCAAAAGCACAGCAACAGCAUUCCCUCACUUGAUUUUAUCUGCAGGUCUAUUAUACCCAUAUUUGGAUUAUUGAAGCUUGUCUGUAAUGAGUUCUACAAAUUGACGUAUUAUUUAAAUGCUAUAAAGUGAUUAGAAAAAUAUCUUCCAUAUUUUCUGUUUGGCAGGGAAGGUCUGAUAGGAAAAUUCUUCAGUAAUAAAUUCUGCGUGUGCAAAAGAGAGAAAUUACACAAAUUGCAGUAAUCUUCCCAUCAAAAGCAUUACGGUAUGUAGCACUCAGGAAAAAAAAUAAAAGUACUUUUUGCAUACAGAAGCAACAAAUCAGGCACCACGUUCUUCACUGAAGUGCACGUUCUGUUGGAGUGAAUUCAAACUCAACCAAUUCACUCUGCAUUUACACCAAGCUGAAUUUAACUCUAAGACUUACUUUUGUAAGGAAAACUGCAUACAUAAUGAAUGAGAUUCCUCAAACAAGUUUUAGGAACCAGGAACUCGUCUUGCAUAAAAAGCAGGAUUAUUUUAAAGCUGCAGAAUUUUCAGUUUGACAGUAGAUUUAGCAUUGUAUGUAAACCCUGACCUCUCAUGGCAGCACUAACGACUAAGGCAUCUUUUAAAAAAAAUUAAUACUUAUUUUAAUAUAUUUUAAAUUAAUAAUAGAGCUUACUAUGGUGAUGAAACUGAAUUCGGAGUGUAAAGACUAGACCUUAUUCCUGGAUGACAUUAUCUAUUUCCCCUUGGUUUUAUGCCAAAUUUCUUCAACAAUUCUUCCCUCUCAGAAGACACAGUUAUGUAGAUAGACUUAUUUUAAAUAAUUACACAAAAUGUUACCAGCAAAUACUGCUAGAACUAGAAUUUGAUACAAACCCUCUUUAAUUUUUUAGAAAUGUGUGUAGAUGGCAAUGCCAUCAUGUGCUUUGUUUUCCAAACUGCAGGAACUAAAAACAAAAAGGUAGACAUAGCAGGAAGGCUCGUAAUUUGUCACUAAAGUUCAAGGUAUUGUGUGUUUACCAUCAGACGUGAAUUUACUUGAUGUUGUGUGUGCUCUGUGGGAGAAAAAAAGCUUAGUAUACAAAGCCAAAUCUGUUAUCUUCUUUAUUCUGUCUGUGGACCAGUCUAGCUGAAAGCAUGUUAUUUAACAAUAUUCUUUGUAACUGUCAAUUCCAUGGGGAUAUAAAAAUCAACUAACUAUAUAAAGCAAUAAUAGCCUCAUUCUGACAUAAGUCUACUUUCACAGCAAGACAUGCAGGAAAAUCAUGAACCUGCAGAUCUAUACUCAUAAUAAGGUCAGAGGUUGGUCACAUUUGGCCAUGAAUACAGUUUUCUCUUCCAGAGAAAACUAUACAAGACGCUGAAGACAUGGAUAUUACAUGCUCUGUGACAGCCUAAAACCUGUAGCACCUUUUUUUUUUUUUUUUUUUUAUAAGCCCUCUUCCAAAAGGUAACAACUAUGUGGGUAGAAGACUGAACUUGCACUUCAGCAGAAUUCCAGGUUAAAAGAAAACCUGCUAAAGCAGAUCCAGCUGGGAGAGGACACUGUCAGACAGUGUUUUAAUGCCUACACCUUUGCUUUAGGUAAGCUUUCUUCAGAACUGUUACUGCUUUUGCUUCUUUGGGAGAUGCCCCAGUAAGCUGGCCCAUGAAAGAAGUGUUGCUCUUAGCAAGUACUAUUGUUGGGUUUGUUUUGUGAAGCAAAAAUUUAGGAUGAUGUAGAAUUAAGUGGCAACUCGAAAAGCAAUUAUUCAAAUGAAGCUGCAUGUUAUAGGCACACAGAUCACCACAGUGACUUGGCCCAGCUCAUCUGUGAUAUUUCAAGUUUUAUUUUUUGUUUAAAGACAGCUUAUUUUAUUUGAAGAAGGCAUGCUGCAGCAACUAGAGAGAAAAGUAUGGUCCAGCUUAGCAAAUGCAUUACUGAUUUAGUUACUGUGCUUGAUGCAGAAGUACAGCAGAAGUGGCUGGUGAAUUCACAGCAGCAGUGUCCCACGUAUUUUCUUGAGGAAAAGAAAAUGUCGGAAAAGAUCCAGUCAGACGCUUUCAAUUGCAUUAAACCCAUGGAGAAAAACAUGCUUGUAUUCUUCCUUAUUUUUCCUAAAACGUAAGAUUAGGGAGGUGGGAGAUUACUUAUUAGUCCCACUUCUGUUCUGAACUAAAGACUCACAGACAGAAGGAUCUCCCAGAUGAGAGUUGCCUUUUCUUCCACUAGUUGAGGCUGUUGCCACACCCAAGUCAAAAAUUCUAGUAACCACUGUAAAACUGGAUCAUUACAGUACAUAUCCUACAGCAGCAGCAAUACUCAUUUUUGUCUGAAUAGAUGUGAAAGACCAAAUUAACUGCAGCAGGAGCCACAGCUACCGAAGCUCCUGGUAGUACAAUGACACCUUUGUUAUGCUAUCCUUAAAGAGCUCCCAGCUCAGCAAAAAAUAACUUAAAUAAUGAAAGGAUAAGGGACCACCUUUUUAUGCCUUCUUUUUUUUUUAAUGUCACCCAGCUUGCUUCUCAGCAACUUUAAGCUUACUUCUCAUGCAGCUGGCCUUGCCAUUUACAUUCCCUUUCCAUGUAAGAAGUUAUAUAGAGGGAACAAUAUUUCAUCAGUAUUCAAAUCAGUAUUUUACACUGCAGGUGAUAAAAAGCAACCUAUUACGGUUCAGUAUAAAUGGGGUGAGUGCAAUGCGAAGUGAGGAAGUUUUAAUUCUUCUACAUAGUCUUUUCCCCUGCACGACUAGUCUAUCCCAUUACAUAAAGACUUAGAAAUUCCAUAGUUUUCUGUUCAGCUGGAAGUAAGUCACAACACAAGCAGCAUUAAAAAUACUUCAGGUUUUGGUGUGGUGAUUUUUUUCUUUACUCAGCUGCAUAGUUCUGCCACACUGAGACCUCCAAACUGUCAUUUACAUUUCAUUUAUUAAAAACAGCUGUGCACCAGUUUCACAGUAUGAAGUCACACAGGGCAGUGUGACAACUCAAUGCAUAAAGGGACUUGCAGCCAAAAUGUGCAACUGGCCUUUGAUACAAUGGAUACCACCACAAAUUGAGAAUAGGUACCGGGGGAGGCACAUGCACUAAAAGAGAUAAAGCAGCUCUAUCUGUAAAAAAAAAUAAUUGUGAGCUUUUCUAAUAUCUUUUGUUACUUGUUAAUUAAACAAGCAUUUUCCUAGCAGGCAGAAUUGAGUAUUGCCUAUUUACUGCCAAAUACUGGUUGGGGGUACUCAAAGUAUCUUUAAAAACUACUAGACAAUUCAAAAUCAUAGAAUCACACAAUGCAGGUUGGAAAAAAACCCUCUGAGUUCAACCACUGACCCACCACUGCUGCGUUCACCACAAACUGUAUCCCCAAGUGCUGCAUACACAGGUUUUUUGAACACUUCCAGGAAUGAUUAUUCUACCACUUCCUUGGGCAGCCUAUUCCAAUGGCUGACCACCCUUUCAGUGAAUCAUGUUUUCCUAAUAUCCAGUCUAAACCUUGCCUGGCACUGCAGGGGUUGUGACCUGACACUUCCCCUUGCUGUACCUCACACAGUUGGCCUCAUCCCAUCAGUCCAGAUCCCUCUGCAGAGCCUUCCUGCCCUCCAGCAGAUCAACACUUCCACCCAAGUUGGUAUUGUCUGUGAAUUUACUGAGGGAACUCUUGACCAGAUCAAUAGAUACUGAACAGAGCUGUACUGAUGAUGACACCACACUAAUCCACUCCGUUAUUCCACAACUCAAAUUUAGUUUCACAUGCAUUUCCCCGUAAGACAGCCUUUUCAAAAAAUCUUCCGGGUUCUUAAAUUGUUUUCACUUUUAAAAAUUUUUACUGAUUAACCUCUUACACCUGUUCAUGGCAAUGCUACGAAACAUUUCUCUUCCUCUCUUUGGUGUCAAAAGAUUACAGAACUGAUUGUGGUUUUCUUCAAACUCUAUUGUAAGCAUACCAAAUACUGUCCCAAUAAAACUUUACAUAAUCAGUGCUGACACUCUAUCUACAACAUGCCCUUAGGAGCAACAACAAAACACAUGACCUUCAAAACCAACAUGCUGCAGUUGCAGAGAAAACCAAUCAACAGUUUCAUUCCAUGACUUAUGUUUUGGAAAAAGUCAGACUUGAUUGCCCUUAAUUUUGUUCACAAAAGUACAAAACAACUUUGCUAUGAAAAUUGAUAAUGUUAUAUGAAAAUAUGAUAAUUGUUAACUGCAGGAAAAUCCUAUCAAUCAAUCAGAUAAGCUGAAAUGUGCCUUUCUUUAUUAAUUCCCAAAUUUCUUUGGGAUUAAUCACUCAAAGUCCUGUUUUUAUGCAAACUGACUAAAGAGAAACUAGGAGAGGAGCAAAGGACUUGGACAAUGAAUGCACACUAAGCAAAACCUGAGAUAAAAUAACUAACUUUUGCCACAACCCUGUGAUGGAUCUAGUCAAAUAUUAAAAAUGAGCGUCCCAGCAUUUCUUUGAGGUAAACAAUCAUAUACCAGAAAGGCUAAAUAAGCAUUCACACCCAUCAUACACAGCCUCCAUUCCCUUUAUAAAAAAAGAAAAAAAAAAAUCACCAGUCCCUGUUUUGGACUAGGACUUUAAAAUCUUUUAUUUUCCAUGAACUACUUGCUUUCUUUGCCUGGAGAAAAAUAUUUCGUAGUCAGUUAGCAUGUGGCCUUUCUGCACAAGCAGCAGUAUUUUUUUUUCCUACUUGAAAUACCUACACUGCUUACAAAGCAGCAUGAAUAUAAAAGGCACUGUUUCACAGAUAAUAAACAUCCUUUUCAAUCCAGGAACCCUCAAAUUACUGUACUUACUACAAAUUACAGUGAUAAGACAAAUUUUCAUGGAGAAACUAAACUAAGACCAACCACUGACAUGGCUUAAUUUAUAAAUUAAUAAUUAGCAUCUAUUGAACACAGAAGUAUUUACAUUAUUUACAUAUUGAUUUUUCUGUCUAUUUUGCUGUCUGCUUGGGCAAUUAUGAUGUAGGUAUAUACAGCACAGAAAAAGAAGUCAGAAGACAAUUUUUAGCACAAAGCUAGUCAACAACACUGUGAACUAAUUUGUACUAAUUUUGAUUACACUGAGGUUUUUAUAAUGACCACUAUAAAUUCAAAGAAUGCAGUUUACAGGUUUGUUGCUUUGCUGUGAAACAGACCAAAAAAAUCAAAUUUCUAUAGAGAUAGGAUGAUCAGCUAGGAAUGCUUUACCUUGCUGGAACAGUGUUAAUUGUACAAUACUAGUGCUGGACAAAUCACUUGUUUCCUGAACAAAUUCUUAAUCUGUUUUCCACAGGAAGGAUUGUAUUUAAGCAGGUACAUUUCUUGAAAAGUGCGGUUUUUGUUUGUUCUGUUGGUUUUUGUUCGUUUGGUUUUUGUUUGGUUUGUGGUUUGGUUUUGUUUGUUUGUUUCAAGUAUUAUGAAGAGUUUUCACAUGCUGGAUGAUGGAAUUUGUACCUUAUGUCAGCUGUGUAACAGAUGAGGAUAAUCUGUAUCUUUUCCAACUCUAGAAAGGGCUGAAUGUAACUAAAAAUAAAAUUUACAUAUUACUCUAACAGUAGUAAUAAAAAGACCUCCCAAAAUUUUAAUCACAAGUUGAACGUGACUACAGAGCUAAUUAGGAUAUUGUUUGCUUCUUCUCUGGCUGAUUUUCUGACUAAAAUGUUUUCCCAGAAAACAUGAACACAUUUCACGUAACAUUGCACAUAAGCCAAGGAGCUCAUUUUCCAGGGGUCAGGUACCUUUUACCAAAUCCACCUGUAUUGGUAUAAUUAUGGCAGUAACCGCAGCAGCUGAGGAGAUACACUUUGCAGUCUAACAGAAACAUGUGCUCUCUUAGACACUGUGUGACA